ACCACGGCCAUCGUGGCGGAGCUGGGGGCCCCUCGUCUCUCAGCGGUGCUGGGUGUGGAGCAUGAGCAGGUUUCCCUGGCUGCCUGCAACCUCCUGCACGUGAUGUUCGAUUCCCUGAAGGAGGGGCUGCAGAAGGAUUUCCGUGGCAAGGAGGACGCGGUGGUGCUGGAUUCCUCCAAGGACCUGAAGCUGCUGAUCAAGCACCUCCUGGAGCUGCUAGCUCUGGAAGGGGCCUCUGCACACGGCCGCGACAACGCCCUCAACCUGCUCAUCAAGGUGGUGCCCAGGAAGUCGCCGAAGGAGAUCAACAACAGCAUGAGCCUCUGGGUGAUCGACCAGGGCCUGAAGAAGAUCCUGGAGGUGGGCAGCACAGUUUGUGGCACCCCGGGCAGCCUGCCCGUCACGGAGAACAGCCGGAUGAGUGCCUCGGUCCUGCUGAGCAAGCUUUACGAUGACCUGAAAUGCGACGCGGAGAGGGAGAACUUCCACCACUUGUGCGAGGACUAUGUGAGGAGCUGGUUUGAGGGGCAGGAGCUGACGGGGAAGCUGCGGGCCAUCCAGACGGUGUCGUGCCUGCUGCAGGGCCCCUCGGACGCGGGGAACAGGGUGCUGGAGCUGGAGGGGAUCAUGGAUGGCGUGCUGUCCCUCUGCGCCUCCGUCAGCGAGGCGCACCAGCUGGUGGCGGUGGAGGCGCUGAUCCACGCUGCCGACAAGGCCAAGCGCGCCUCCUUCAUCAUCGCCAACGGCGUCAGCCUGCUCAAGGAGAUCUACAAGCACAGCGAGAGGGACAGCAUCCGUAUCCGGGCGCUGGUGGUGAGCGCGCCAGGCCGUGGGUUGCUCAUGAAGCAGUUUGCUGAGGCCUCCACGAUGAACCUGGCCAAGCAGUGCCGCAAGUGGCUCUGCAACGAGGCGAUAGACGCUGGCACGCGGCGCUGGGCAGUGGAGGGCCUGGCCUACCUCACCUUCGACGCCGAUGUCAAGGAGGAGUUUGUGGAGGACAAAGCGGCGAUGCAGGCCAUGUUCUGCCUGCGGGAGCUCAUCUCCAG